GUUAGUGUCUAGGUUAUGCUUAUAUUUUGGCUGUUAUUGUUCGGUUUAAAACAUGAAUGAACAAGAAAAUCCAUGUUUUUGAACGGUUAGCAAGAUAGACGAAAAAAAAAACACAAUAAGGAAAUAGAGCACGGGAAAGGAGGCGCGUUGAUGAAGGCGCUGAGAUACAACUAUUCGUGCCUGAUGGAUGUCCGUGAUGCGUUUUUCAAAAUUGAAGGCGCGAUGGAGCGAGGUGCGAGCUCGCAAUGUUCCGCUCCAUGCCGCCAAUGCUCUGUCACUCAGAUUCGGGAGAAUAGUUAAAAAAGGAAGUCCGAUAACGUCUUUCCUGUUUUUGGCUGGGUUGCUUCCGCAGCCCUUGAAGCGCCACUACAAAUAAGACAAACGAAAAUAGACACAAUAGGAAAUAGAAUAAAGAAAGGAUGCGCGCUCAUAACGGCGCAGAGAUACAUCUAUUCGUGCUUGAUGGAUGUCCGUGUUGCGUUUUCAAAAUUGAAGGCGCUACGGCGCGAAGCGUAAGCUCACAAUGCUCCGCUCUAUAGUGACAAUAGAGAAUAUUUUUUUUCGCAAAAACUCGAUAGCGCUUCGAAAAGAAGUCGAUAUUGGAUCAGCUGUUCGUGUUCCCCUUCGAUCAACUCCACUUUGCAUUGCUCGAUUUUAGUUUUCUAAAAUUUAUUCUGUGCGUCUUACUCUUGUGUAAACAGUCACUAACUUUUCGUCUUAAAUUUGUGAUUCGUUCAUCGUGAAAUUUUCCAUUUGUGACUGCCACUCAAUGCUCUCUGUAGCCCAUGCGUAACAGCUUCCCACCGAAUGGCCACGAUUUGAAAUCCUCCUAUUUUGCAGAGUGGGUAUGGAGACCCUCGCCCCGCUAGAACACCACGACAUGGCCGCGGCAAUGCACGGGAUGAUGCAGAUGAACGGGCUCACGCUGGGCAUCGGGAUGGACCCGCGGGUCCUCCACCUGAACAACGCCGUCAGCGCUAUCUCCACGGCUCAGCCCACGCAGAUCGUCAAAGUGAACGGGAUCAGCUCGCAUAGAGACUCGGUGCAGGCACAAUCCCAGUCGCAGCCCUCGGCCCAGACCCAGCAGCAACCCCCGUCGCAGAUAGCUACCUCGCAAGGGCUCCAAGUCCAGCUCAACGGCACCGGCUCGACGCAGAGUCAGAUGCCCGGCAGCAAUCAAGGGCUCGUUUCCGUCAACGGCGGAGGCUCCUCGUCCGGCAGGUCCACCCCCAACAGCAACGACCCCGCCUCCGCUAAGCUCUUCGUCGGCGGACUCAGCUGGCUCACGACCUCGGACAAACUCCGGCAGUAUUUCGGCAUGUUCGGCACCGUCACCGAUGUUCUCAUCAUGAAGGAUCCCGUGACUCAGAGGAGCAGAGGUUUCGGUUUCAUCACGUUUGCAGACCCUGACACUGUAGAAAAAGUACUGAAAGUACCCAUUCACACUCUAGAUGGGAAGAAAAUUGACCCAAAACACGCGACUCCAAAAAACAGGCCCAAGAUCGGAAACCGUACGAAGAAGAUUUUCGUGGGAGGAGUGAGUCAGGAUACAUCUUCAGAUGAGGUAAAAGCAUAUUUCAGUCAAUUUGGUAAAGUAGAAGAAACCGUUAUGUUGAUGGAUCAACAGACAAAGCGGCAUCGAGGCUUCGGUUUUGUUACUUUUGAAAAUGAAGAUGUAGUUGACAGAAUUUGUGAAAUCCAUUUCCAUACCAUAAAGAAUAAAAAAGUUGAGUGCAAAAAGGCUCAACCCAAAGAGGCUGUCCAACCCACUUUAUUGUUAGGCAAAAGAAUGCUAGUCAACCCGCUAGGCGUACGAGUGGCAACACCUGUAGCGAAUGCUGGUUUGGUCGGUGUGACAGCUCAGGCUCAGGCAGCUGCAGCGGCUGCUGUAGCUGCUCAGAGUGUGGCUGCAAAUUACAGCAAACUCCUCGGCUCGUAUCCUAGUUUAGCAAGCUAUCGUUAUGCUCCAUAUCCUAUUCCAACUUUACCCUCGACUCCCGCACCGGCUGUCCAGCAAGCAUCGUCAGUCCCAACAAAUGCUGGUGCUCAAGCGACAUUACCCACGACCCCAUAUCAAGGUUAUAAUUUAGCCAAUGUAGACAUGACCAGUUUUCAAGGAGUCGACUGGAGUGCAAUGUACGGAAUGGGCAUGUACGUCUAAAAGAGGCCCGAACCGUGGGGCAAUUCUCUCUGUCAGCAAUAGUGUUCUUUUUCCUCCCCUCACGUUUAUUCAGUUCUUUUUUAUUUUAAAAAUAUGAUGUACAUAUUUCUCAUUUAACUUUCAUUGUUAGAUGUAAACUGUUCUUGCCUUUUAAAUUGUAAGUUUUUUCCAAUUUUUGACAUGAAUUUAUUACUCUUUGAGGGUCGACAUUGCAGAAUAAUUUCGCCCAAAUUUAUUUUUCUGGGUAGUUCUACUCGUGGAGCAGAGUAGAUACCAGUAAAUAUUUUAUCUAAAUCAGUAUUUGUAGGAAGUGUCUUUCAGUGAGUCUAGAAGUAAAGAAAGAAAAUAUGAAGGUACUGGAAGAAAAGUUAAUAGGUGGCAAGAUUACUCUGCCCCAGAGUCAAGACUCUUCUUUUGAAAUCAAUUAUUUUUGGCUCGAAGAAUUCUGCCAACGUUUACAAAGAAGUAGAAUGGAAGGGAAGUAAUCCCUUUAAACAUGUAAAAACGUUCGUCAUUGGAAUGAUUCUGAGAACAAUUUUUAGCCCAUGCUAAAGAAGAUUUUGCCAACUACCAGCCUCGUGCUUCCCCAAAAAAGCCAUGAAAUGGUUUCACCGGUUCUGUCAAUAUCAUAAUAUGGAAUUUUUUUAUUUGUUUUUAAAUUUUUUGUUAAAUUUUCAUGUACUCUAAUUAUCAUUGAGAGCUGUCGCAUCAAGAGCUGCUCUACCAUAUAACUGUUGCUCAUUGAUACUUUGGUCAAAAUAUUUAUGUAAUCAAUUGAAAAUUACUCUUUAAACUUUCUGAAAGCAAUACUAUUGCAAUAAUGACUUUUUUCUAUCCCACUUGGAUUUUUGAAAAAAGUUGUUCCCUCUCAACAUAAAUUGGUAUUCCUAACGUCUUUUUUUUGUUCAAUGUGUGUAUCUUUCGUUUGACCCCUGUUUACAAAUUUAAGGAGGAUCUUACUUCAAAAUUGCUGUUUUUCUUUUUUUUUAAUAUUUUUUUUACUUUCCAAACGUUAUGUUGUUUUUUCUUGGUUUGGAAUUGUCGAGAGAAAUUAGCUUUGAAUUCAAAUUAUUCUGAGCCUCAAUUAUCAAAACUUAACUAUUUGAAAAAUGAACAGUCCAGGCCUUUUAGUCCAUAAAGUUGGGGACGCCUGGAAACUAACAUGUCCAUAAGUAAUUUUGGAUUUAAUGAUUUGUUUUCUUUUUAUUGUACUUUACGUGCCAUAUCUGAGCAAAAUAAGUACCAUGAACUAAAUUCUUGGAAGUGAUGUAAAUUUUUCCUAAUAUAAUUAAACGAGUCUCCUUUUAAUACUCUAUGCCUGUGGUUUAUCUUUUAAUUUAUGUUAUUGCAUUGGAUCUCAGAUUAGUUGUUCUAUGAUGUAAGUGUAAAACUCAACUCUUCCUCACUAUUAUCGUAAAAAAUUUGUGUGUAAAAACUCACUACAGUCAUCUCCCAAUAGCUCAAAUGUUAGUUUGAACAGAAUUAUAAGUGUAGCAUUUUUCUUGCUUUAUUAUUUAAUCGUUUUUUACUACUAUAGUGAAAUAAGCUGAUGAGUACGCUGAUUUCAAUUUGCAAACCAGUCAUCCACUCAAAUGAAGCUGUACUCUAUGAAACUUGUACACUCAUGGGACUGUCAUUUAAAUUACAAGUCAAAUUUCAGUAAGGAUUCCUUCCUUUAAUUCAAAGUUAACCAUUUCCUUAUCCACAGCCUGGUGGGUUGAGUUUUACUCUUUUUUUCAUAGUUUAGUUACUCAAUGACUUUGAGUUGAAAUUUGUUAUUUUUCAAUUUUCGUCAACUUUUUUUACUCUUAGUAUUUUUCCCUCUAGCAAGUAAGUUUCGAGUCUCAGAUAGUCGAACAAAUUACAAAGAACAUGAAUGAAUGUUCGGUGACAUCCUCGUACAUGGAUCUUUUAAAUUUUUUUUCUAGUCACUCUUUUAAUUUUAAAGUGAAAUUUCCUUGCGUGAUUAAUUUUCUCUCUCAGUUUUUUAUUUGACCUGAUUUGUCAUCUACCUUGAAGAAUUACUUUUGCCGUUUUAAAUCAAUGUAACAGAGGAUGCGGACCUCAUCUCUGUGCAAGAUGCUUUUACCUCUUUAAAAAUUUUUCUCAACAAGUUUUAAGUUUUCAUGCGGCAAAAUCCUAUGACAUACCUAGUAUAUAACGUGUAUAUAUGGUAUAUUUGUACAUUUUUUGUUGUAAUUUUAUGAGCGCCUCCUCAAGUCAAACCUCUCCUUCAGUUUUUUGUUUUGUUUUAAUGCUGAUGGUAAUAAAUAUUUUUGUUUUUCUCAUUCAAGCAUCAUUUGUUUCCAUUGAGUAAUAUAGCUUCACAUGAUAAAUUCAGGUAUCUACGAAAGCCUCAAUGCUAAGCGUUCUUAGUAUCUUUGGAGUUGUCAGAUCUCGAAAUAUGAGGAUACAGAGAAAGAAUAUUUUGUAUCCUAUUUAGCGCCCCUGUUUUCCUGUUAUUCUUCAAGCAUUUUCAAGUGACUGGCAUUUUAUGCCACUUUUCUCCUCAAAUCUCUAUAAUCUUGUCAAGGUUUUUUUAUGCAGUAAAACAAAAAUAAAAAACAAAUAAUGAAAGUAAAUUUUUAAAACCUCAACAUUCCAAUUUAUUUUUAAAAUGAUCAUGUGUAUUAGAUGUAGCAUAAAAAUUAAAAAACUCGACUGCAACUCAAGCAUGGAUUCAAGGGAAAAGUUUCAAUUGUGGACCAAGAGGAACAAUUUUUAACUCAGCACUUUGCUAAAUUUUUUUUCUCAUUUAUUCGUUAGAUUUUUACCUUUAUUUGUAUAAUAAAAUUCUCUUUAUCAUUUAUUUAAUUAUUUUUUUCAGUGGAGAUAAAUAAAGCGACUUUUUAAUAGGUCUCCAACUAUUCAUUUAUUUGAUACAAAUGACAUCACCUCUACUCAAAAGCAUACAUUUCUGAACUGAUCUUUUUAAUUUCUUCUUCAUAACAUCUUGAUAGAAAUCAAGAACUUAGUUCUUUUUCUACUCCCUUGUCAUCUGUGAUGACUAUUUUCACUCAAAUGCUGAAGCGUGCAUUCUUGAAGCAACUCCAUCGCCAAUUGACUUGUUUAUCGCCUAUUCAAUUCCUAUGCAAGGAUUCAUUUUUUUUUUUUGUGAUUUAUUUUUAUUUAUUUAUUCAUUUAUUAUUGAACACAAUACCAUUAAACUAUAAAAAUAACUGAAAAUAAAUUUUAUUUCCAGUUUUUUGUCCUGCAUAAUCCUCUAGAUCAUCUUUGAAUGUUAAGAUCUUAAUCAAAAAACUACACACAGGCCUCAUAAAUACCCUCAGAAGUAAUUUUCUGUAAUUCAAAUACCUAUCAGCAAGAUACCAUUAUGAAAUUGAUCAAUUUUCUCUGGUACUUUUAGGGGUCCAGUUUGAAGGAAAUACAUUUUGAACACGCUUUGUAGGAGUGAGGUAAUGGCCUGUAAUUUGUUGUUCUAUAGUUAUUUUAUCAACUCAUGAAGUGCAGGACAAUUUUUUUACAAUCGUUCUGUAGAAACUUUAAAAUUUAAAGAAUUGAAAGUAGAGGCAGACUUUUAAUUUUAAAGUCUCAAGAGCAAAAUCAAAGUUUGAGUGAAAAUCCUAGUAAAAUGUAAAAUGAAAAACAUGUAUUUAAAAUCCCAGUGAUUUUCCUUCAAAUUUUACAUCUCAAAUUCCAUAUUAUUCUGUUAUUUUGGUGCAUCACACACACACCUUUAUAUCACAUUUGAAUUCCCAGUUUCCUUCCUGAGUUUGCUUAUGACCUUAUACCAGUUCAUUUGUUGAUGUUAUUUUUUAAACUUGUAAUUAAAAAAGUGCAUAAUUUUAUUUGCUCUCUUUGACAAUACGUUUAAAGUUAAAUUAAAUAAGCAAUAAGCUGAUAUUGGCUAACAAUAACUCUACUUGUAUAUCAUUAUUUAUUUGUAAAAACUAUUUUUUAAGACUAAUUAUUUUGUACUUCAGUGUUCUCAAAUCUUUACCUUCUUGAAUUGAAAGUUUUAGCUUUCCAAUUCAAGUUUUAUGCUAUUUAUUUUCUUAUCAGGUAGGUGUGCGAACAUUUUAGUGUUUUGCUCAUUACAUUUCAUUUCCUUUUUUAUCCAACGUCUUUGAUUUAGUUGCCAUCUCAAAAAUAUCCUGUUCAGUCAAUAUAUUGAUUUCUUUUUGUUUUCUCUUGAAGACUAUGGCAUACCAACGAAUUUAUACUGUUGUUCUACAGGAUACAGGAUAUUGGCAUUGUUUCAUCUCUUCUCCCUGACACAGUAGUUUUUUUACAGAGUCCCCCAACAUCCACGUUAGAGAAACUAAAAAAUGCCUGAAGAGUUGGAAAUAUUUUUGAACUGGAUUAGUUACAUAUAUUUUUUUUUAGUUGGGAUUUUCAUAUUCCUUUGUAGGUGUUUAAAUGAUGAAAAUGUAAGUGAAAGAACUCCCUCUAUUUUUGUAACACUGUCGGUUCUGUACUUAUUUUAUUAUCAAAUUGAAUGUUAUGAAAUAAAUUGUUUAUUGAAAUCAAAAAUCAAAAAAAUAUAUAUUUAUGCAUAUGUAUGUAUAUGUAUUGAUAAACCCACACAUCACCUUCCUUUCCGCAAUUAUUUUAAUGUAUUCCAUGUUCAUGUAUUUGCUCCAUUAUUGAGUUUUUUAAUGUUACUUAAAAAUUCGAGAGUAUUAGUAGUACCAGUUUGUUUUGGAAAGCUCGAAUUUCUUACCCGUAUCAAUAUAGUUGCUCAUUUUUCUCUUCACAAUUUUACCUCCCCUCCCCUUAAUUUGGCUCUUUUUAGAGUCAUUUUCUCUCUUCUGUUUCAAUAAAAUUUAACGUAGAUAUUUACUUACUUUUCACAAUAGCUGAGUGUUCACCAUAUUUCUUAAUCUUUACUGUGUAAAAUUUAAAUCUAGAUUACUUAGUCGGUGUUUGUAGUUAAUUUGUGUGUGUAGCUGUAGUUUUAAACAUCUUGACUACGUAUGUACUUGCCAAUGUACUUAAAUUUCAUCAUUUGCACUGUAGACAUGAUUAAUAGUUUCGUUUUAAUCUUGGUCUAUAUAUUUUUCUGCUCUUUUCUUAGUUCAUUAGUUUUUCUUUUUUUCUAAUUUGUUAUUUUUUUUUUCUCCUUUUAAUAUAAUCAAUUAAAACAGAUAAAUUAGAGUUAUUAUUCUUUAUUCUUAUUUUUUUACUGCAUUUCACAAGCCUUACUUUAUCCUUCUCAUGAACUAAAAACCCACUCAUAUCAGUUCAUUUAGUUCUUCACAGUUCCAACAAUCAUUAUUCGUAGUGCCGAAUUAGUAUCCCUGCUCCGAGUUCAAAUUGGAAGUAUCUCAAUGGUUUUCUUUCGCUAGUUAAAGGGCAAAACACAAGCUCCGAUAUUUGUGUAGAAUAGAUUUUCUUCUUCUAUGGAAUACUCUUGGAAAUUUUGUUAAAUGUCUUUGAGCACAUCUAAAAAAAGAUAAUAGAUAACCUUUUUUUCUUCUUUUUUUCUGCCGUAUCAAACUAAUGGCAGGCAAGAAUCUCAUCGGCUAUUACCUACUAGUUCAUCAACAUUUUUAUGACUAACGUUCAUAACCAUGAGAAAUGUUAAUGAAGCGAGGGCUUCAACAUAACUUUUCAUAGUUUUUUUUUCUCUUGAUUCAAUCUCCUCAUUUUUUGGUCAGUUGGCGUAUAUUAGCUUAAUCAAGAUCCACCGUGACAAGUAAAGCUAGGUUCGUUGCAUACUUGCUUUGGACUCUAGUCUAUUGCUUUAUAAUUUUAUCCAUCUAAUUCUUGAUCCAUUUUAUGGUGUAUGUAGGUACUCAAGUAAUUUGGUAUUCCAGCUUUUUAUCAAUAAUUAGUCAUUCAUCUGAAUUAAAAAAGAAUCUAGCAGUUACUCAAUGUCUCAGUUGCCUUCCUCUUCUUGUCUUGAGCCUCGGUAGAUGCACUUGAAAUAAUACCUACUAACCUUUCGUUAUUUAUCUCAUUUUUGUUUAUCCUGAUUAUGCUUUUAAAGUUCUUUAAGAAAUAGCCCUUUAGGACUCUAGAUCUGUAGACCAACCUGCUUUUCCCCUAAAUAGCGUAUUCCUUUGUCUUUUGAUGAAAAGGGCCUCUUCAGUGGCGCUUACUUAUUAGAGCAACGGGAAACUUAGAUCAGAAGUCGGUGAGCAGGUUUGAAGGAAAAAAUUCGCCAGUAUUAAUUCAAGCUUGGAUGCUAUUCACAACACUGGUAUAUUUUAUCAAUCAAACCAGUUUGCCCUAUUUUUUUAUUUUUUUUUUUCUCUCGAGUUUGUCGUAAUGUAGCAAGUGCCCUCUAUUUUGACUGUGGAACUUCUGAGUUCACAGACAAAUUUUGAAAAAUUCAUUAAAAUAAGCAAUAUUUAGAUGCAUAGGGUUUAGUAUAAACAAUUUUUCUACUUAAAUCCGCCCCAGCUUGACUGAAUCUGUAAAAUUUAAUUUAAAUGUUCUGACGUACGAUGAAACUUUUCAAUGGAGAAAGCAAAGAUAGGCCUGCUACAUGUAGUCGGGAAAGGCUGCAGUGAAUUUUGUUGAAUUUCCGUUGUACCAUCUCUCUUUGCAUUUCUCCUGAAGGAUUUCAUCAAAUUAGCAACGUGGAUGCAUUGCUAGAAUGGACUACAUUUUGGAUUUUACUACUUCAGUUUAACUGGGAAAGACUAAAAGUAGGUAUGUCUUCCUUUCAACUUGCAAGUAGUUUAAUUAGGUAAGGUCUCCCAUUUGAAUAAAACACAAGUAAUAAAACCUGUUUUUGUACUUGCUUUUAUUAACAAAGAAGUAUUUUUACAGUAUUUCUCUUGUGUUCCUUGUUAGUUCGAUAAGUUUAUGAAAUCAAAAUAAUCUAUAUAGACACAUUUAAAAACUGUUGGUUUCUUAACUUGCCUAGAUAAAUUUUAAAAAUGAUAAUCAGUUGACCAUUAUACUUAUUAUUUUAAAAACAAAACUUAUUAUUCGUGGUGAGUGGGUAUUUUACCCACUGCUAUAAUUUUUUUGCCUUUCUGCAUCAAUAUCUGAACCUCAUCAGAAACCAAAGGAACACUUGAAAGUAGAAACAAUUUGCAAAUGUUUCCAAGUGAUAAGAUAUUCUGUUUGCUAUCCCUCACUCUUUUUUUUUAUUAUAUUAAUGAGUGCAGCAUGCCAGAAUUUCACUGAACAAAUUGCAAGUGAUUUUAAAAUUUUAUCUAAAGGGAGGAAAGGAUAACCUAACGAAUACAGCAACUUUCAAAUGCUUUUCCAUUUCCUCUAGGACAUAUUGUGGUCUACUUUCUUGUAACGGUCAACCUUCAAUCGAUAUGUUUGAAAUGAAAACAAAGAAAUAUUUUACCUUCAUCGCCUUUAAUUUAAACAUAGUUCAAAUAUCUAUCCUCAUGCAAAAAUUAAUCCAGACGAGAACAUUCAGGCAGUAAAUUUACUUACAAACCACGCAAUCUAAAUUUCUAAAAACGGAAAAAAAAUAAGGAAAAUUAAGUGAAAUCCAUUAGUUUUUAGAUAGAUACCCAACUUAACACAUCCUUAAAUGUAGGUACUCAUUUCUCCUAAUUGUCGUAACAAAAGCAUAGCUUAAGCUUUACCAUCAAAAUUUCAUGAAAUAUCUCUUUCUAAGAUAUGGUUUUCUCAAAAGAGAGAAUAAAAAGUUAAAGAAAAAAGUAGAAAGAAAGAAAAAUGAAAAACAUAAAACUUCAUGUACAGUAAGUAGAUUUUUACUCGACUUGACCUCCUUAUUUUAUCUGAUGGCAAACCGACAAAAGGCAUUUAUUAAAUUGAGGUACAUCAAUUGAACAUUAGGAUCUCCGAUUUUAAGUAGUUGUAGCAUUAUUUCUUCUCUAGGGAGGAAACAAAUACCCUCUUUUCUACUGUGAAUACUCUGUAGGCGGUACAAUUCACGUGAAAUUUAAGUGUAGCUGUGAAUUUAUCCAGAGCGUUAUUUGUGUAGUGCCUUACUCUGAUAAAUCAUAAAUCGGAGAAAAACUUUCAAGUAGUCAAAAUAUUUUUUGCCUGCAUUUUAAUUUUUUUCUCUUCAUGUGCUUUGUGUAAUACAUACUGUGGAUUCAUUUAUAGGUACUGUAGCAACGUAGAACUAACCAUUUUUCUCUUCUCUGCUAACAAUUUCAUCCAGGUAAGUUUUUAUAAAAUUUAUUUUGAUCAAUCAUCCAAAUCUACAACACUCUGUUUGUCUUUCUCUGUCUUCCCCCUCCGCUGCUACUUUCUCACUGGUUGCUAUAAGGGUACCCUUUUCAUUUGUAUAGCGGUAGCAAAUACUUUUUUCCAGCAAAUAAAUCUGUGUUAGAUGAUAAGAGCAAAACAACCGAACUAGUCCUCUUCUCCCCUGGCCGGGCUGUUAAGACGAAAAUAUUAUCCAUCACAGAUACGUAUAUCAUUAAAAUGAAAUCACCAAGAUAGACUUUUGAAUUAACUCAGAAUUUCCUCCAAUCUUCCGCCUCUUAUUACGAAAAAUAUUUACUGACUGUUUUUUUUUUCCUAAGAAAGGGAUUUAACUCCAACGGUUUUUUUAUAUUCGGCACACUUGUACCAAAAUUAUUAAUUACACAUACAAAAUCGACAUGUUGAUGAUGAAACUUAAAAUAUAUCGACCCAAUAGCGUCGUUUCACAUUUUCCGUUCACAUUGAGGUUUUUUAAGAGAAAAAUAUCAGACAUUCUUCAUAAUAUUUUCGAAAAGGGUAAAAAAGGCUUUGUACAUAAAAUUUGUACUGUCAGUCGAUAAGCGAUUAUCGUCCUUCAAAAAAAUUGGACAUAACUAAAAGUGUUCAACAUUGCAUUGUUUUUCCAGGUUCACCAGGCUUUGUACUCAUCCGGAUAACAGCUAACUUAUGUUGAGUAUUUUCAAAUGUUAGCAGGGAGAACUGACUUUUUACCUGUCUAAAUAACAUUUCUGACAUCAGGUUUCGUUAAGACUUAUUGUUUACGUAAUUGCAUUUGUUACAUGAUUAAAUUGUACUUGUUGAUACUUAAGCUGUAUAUAAGUUUGUAAAUAGGAAAAUAGGACGCAUUUAAAUCAAAAGGAACCAUCUGCAUUUUAACAUUAGCCCUGUCUUGCAUAUAUUAUCAUGGGUAUCAGGGCGUUUGUCAUAUUGGAGAUAGUUCCUUUUGAUGGAAAUACGUCCAAUUUUUGUUUUUAGUAGGUAUUAAUUCAAUUAAAUCAGAUUUUGUUUCAAUAUGUUAAUUUCUUGUUGAGAAAAUAUUCGGUUUUCAUUAGGUAAGUUCUGAAUUUUCUUUUUUGUAUAUAUUUAUUUCUCUUUUUUUUCUUUUUAAUUACUUUUAAUUACUUAGUGCUCUGAGCAUUUGUGAAUCUCAAGUACCUACGUAUUUAAUACUUAUUUAAUUUGAUACAAAACAGAAACUGACGCUUCCAAAAAUCUAGUCAUUGAUAAAUGUAUAUACUCUAUAUUAUCAAAAUAACAAAUGUAUUAACGUCCCCCUCUUAAAAAAUAAACUUUUAUACAUCGUAUGAAAAACAUACAUAUUUAAA